GAGACUGUUACCUCUGCGGUCCUCGCUUGAGGACUGAGAGUCCUGUAACCCUCGUCCGCUCGUAGUCGGAGACAGCUGCGGCUGCUGUGAGUGCUGCUCAAGACGAGUAGACCUCCGCGUCUUCAUCUCUUCGGCUUCCUGAGGCCCCUGCUGCCUCCGUUGUCGAGACCGAAGAUUGUCUUUGAAAAAGGAUCCCUCCCCACCCCCACCUCCCCUACGGCACAAACAGAAAUCGAGUUACUGUCUACAUUCCUUGCUUCUUGCUUCCAAGGGAAGCAUGAGUCUUUUGGAACUUGGGACAAGAAGAAAACAAGGUAUCUCCACUACAAAACCCAGACACUAAAAAGAUGUCCCAAACUUUGAAAAGCCAGGACACAAACAUGAGCGAUGGUGGCUACAGGGAUCCUGUGGGAGAUUCUCAAAACGUUUUGGAAAAUGAUCCAUCAGUAAACUCUCAAGCACAGGACACCACAGUCACACCGAGUAACAGUGCAGAAGCCCAGACCAUACAUCCCACAUCUGAUCUUCAGGAAGACCAUCAUGAAAUAGGGGGCAAAGGUCAAGAGCAUGCCAACACUGGUAACAGGUCAGAAAGCUCAGUGGAACCAGCUUUAGAGAAACCUCCACUGGGUAAAGCGGAGCUUGAGAGCAGCCCGAGUUCUCAAGACACAGAGCAAGGGCAUCACCCCCACUUGGAACAUGUGGGCAAAGACACCCUGGAUCCGGAUCCUAACUGCUCUCAAAGCGACUUGGGAGGAAGAGCAGGUGCACACCUGGAGAGCAGCUCUGAAGUCCCCCCAGAGGGGGCAGGUGGCAGAGGUGAAGCAGGUGCACACCUGGAGAGCAGCUCUGCAGCCCCCCCAGAGGGGGCAGGUGGCAGAGGUGAAGCAGGUGCACACCUGGAGAGCAGCUCUGCAGCCCCCCCAGAGGGGGCAGGGGGCAGAGGUGAAGCUGCUCAGGAGCUGCUUACUGAAGACUCUACCGAUGCCCAGAGUCCCAGUCAUUCCAGUACAGGCCCAGGAAGCCAGGAUUUUCUGAGGAGGCGACUGCCUGCAGCAGAGGCUGGAAGUCAUGAAGAAGAGACACAGUUGGUGAAGGAAAAGGAAGAGGUUGCACAGGAUAUGUUGAGAAAGACUGAUAAAAAGAGUCUCUGGACCUAUGGCUCCAUGUUUCUCGGCUGCCUGAUUGUGGCUGUUGUGCUGAGCUCUGCCAGCAGCUACUAUUCCUCCCCAGCCCAGCAGGUGCCCCAGAACCCAGCCUUGGAGGCCUUCCUGGCCCAGUUUAGCCAACUGAAAGAGAAAUUUCCAGGUCAGAGUUCCUUCCUGUGGCAGCGAGGACGUAAGUUUCUCCAGAAGCACCUCAAUGUCUCAAACCCCAGUGAGCCGGCCACCAUCAUCUUCACAGCUGCCCGAGAGGGAAAGGAGACCCUCAAGUGCCUGAGCUACCAUGUCGCCAAUGCCUACACCUCUUCCCAGAAGGUGACUGCCGUGUCCAUAGAUGGAGCCGAAAGAGCCCUGCAGGACAGUGACACGGUCAAGCUGCUGGUUGACUUGGAGCUUAGCUAUGGGUUUGAGAACGGCCACAAGGCUGCUGUCGUCCACCACUUCGAAUCCCUUCCUGCGGGCUCCACCCUGAUCUUCUACAAGUACUGUGACCAUGAGAACGCCGCCUUUAAAGAUGUGGCCCUUGUCCUGACCGUCCUGCUGGAGGAGGAAACGUUAGAAGCAGGUGUAAGCCCCAGGGAAACAGAAGAAAAAGUGAGGGAUUUACUCUGGGCCAAGUUCACCAACUCGGAAACCCCCAGCUCCUUCAGCCACAUGGACUCAGACAAACUGAGUGGGCUCUGGAGCCGCAUCUCCCACCUCGUGCUGCCCGUGCAGCCUGUCAAGAACAUAGAAGAGCGAGGCUGCCUUUUCUGAAGCCAGCCUCAGAGGUGACAGGGAAGGGCCAGGUCUGAGGGCUCUGUUCCACUGGGAGGAGGUGAUUGGCACGGGAGAGGAAACACCUGGGAAGCACAUGACUUUUUAGAAAAGAAGUUUUUUUUUUUCUUUUACUUUUAUAAAACUUUCUAGACCGAACUUUGAUAAAACUAACAAUUGGCCUGAUGUUUUUUCUUUGUCUUUUAAAGCAAUCAGGGUUAAUAUACAACAUGAUGUGUGGAUUGUUUCAGUGUCCAGCACUGAAAUCGCCAAACAGGAAGAUGUGAUUUCUGGGAAUGGUAGCACCACUGCUGCCCUGCAGUAACGCUAACCGGCCUCUAGGGCAGUGCUCGCGCCUGGACUGGGUGGAAUUUGAAUGAUUUUAGAGAACCCUUCUACUACAUGUUAAGAAUUUUUUAAGAUUCACUUUAAUAAUGCACUUGUGGGGUUGGUUGUGUCUUACACAGAUUUGCACUUUGAGUAGAUGAAAAUGGGAAACUAGAAUUCAACCCUCCAAACCUACCUAAGAACCUGGCGUGUGCACGCUUUUAUUCCGUUAAUGAGCUGAGGUAAGAACAGCUGCGCUCAAAGAAGACCGUUCCUACACAUCGGAAUCAAUGUAGAAAUUGUCUGUAACCACUGGAAAUGAAAGAAUCCCAACUGGCCAUAUCAUUUCUCUGUCCCUCCCAGAGUCCCUCCCUUCUAUGCGGCAUGCCUGCUCUUGGCUGCUGGUAUUUGGGGUUCUCUGUUAAGAUUUCAGUGGAACUGAGAUUCACCGAGAAGGAAGUUUGAAAACCACUGAUGAAGUGAAAGCACAUUCUAGAAUAGGAACUUGGAUAGGAAGAAAUGAAAGUGUUAAAGUUUAGGAAUAGGAGUAAGGUCUGUCGUCCAGGGUGACAAAGACCUGCAGAGGAGCCAUUCCUGGAGGAAGUAGGACACGACCUCCAGCUUUUGUUCAUUUUUGUCGAUCUUACCCGUCCUCCCACUGAAAUUUCACAGUUGUUUGUGAUAAGAGUCUGAGCGCAGUUUCAGAAAAGACUUGAGUAACAGCAGCUGGCAUAAGUUUACUGACUGCAUCAUUAGCUAGUUAGAAAUGCCAUCAGGGAAGGAAUUUGAGAAAUGCUAGAGGAUGGAUGUUCUCCAUAGGGAACAGAAAGAGGAAUCAUGGCCAAUAUCAGUUAUUAAGCUCCGCCCCAUGAUUUCAGACUGGGGCCAAUAGCUGUUGAUCAGCACGUGAACUCUGAAAGUAAAACUCUAGUAAAAUGAUCGUGACCCACAGAAGGUCUGCUCCGUUACAUGGAUGGGAAAGGCCCUUGGAAUUCUGCACUGAGUUUUGGGUCGCCUGCUGCUAUGAGAUGACGUAUACAGUUAAGAUGUUAGGCACCCUGAGUCGGGAGGGAUUUUAGGAAACACUAAGAAGCUCUCUAUUGAUAGUUAAGAGGAUCACAGAGACAUGGGUGAGAGGUGAUCGGAAAAUAUUUGCCACAAGACGGCUUUGGCCAGAGCCUUUGGUGUACUCAGUUAAGUAUGGGGACAUUCAUGAAACAGUAUACAUUUGGGAUUUUGAAGGAAUCCUGAAACAGAUUUAAGAAAAGACCCUACACAAAGUUUAACCAUAGUGAAUGGAGUUUGACUGUCCACUCAGUGUGAAUGAAGCACAGGGACUGAAGAAAAAAAUCCGUUUGGCAUAUUUGAUUUUUUUCUUCUGUAUUUCUAGACUUACUUGUUUUGAAUGCUGGUGGCUUGUCAUAUAGCCAUGUCUGGCCUGUUGCAUACUUUGUAACAUAGGCUGACUUUGAACUUACAGUGAAUUCUCCUACCUCAGUUUCCUGCGUGCUGAGGUUAUAGGUGCGUACCAUCAUAUCCAGCUUUCAGUUCAGCUCUUAGCUACACCAUUACAUCACUACAGCCACAUAAAGUCACGUCAGAAGGUGCCUUGCAGGGCUGUUAUGUUGGCCUUUGACCUGUGCUACCUCAGAUUCUAGAGGAACUGGUCUACAGUAUUUGUACACAGUCUAUGUCAGUGGCUCGGAUCACAGGACAGGUGAAAAGUAAUGGUUUCUUCACCAAAACUGUGUAAAACUACAGUUUUACAUAGUUUGCUGUCAACACAAAUUUAGGAUAUAAUAAAUUUUAGAAAUUUAUAUUUUCAAUUUUUUUUUUUUUUUACUAUUUACCAUGUUAAAAUACACCUUUUAUUCAAGGAAAGCACCCUACCACUAAGCUAUAUUCUCAGACCUCUUAAAAAGCAUUUUGAAAAGAAGCAGUAUAUGUUAGUUUGGGUUCAGAACAAAUGAUUUUCUGUUUUUGAUGCAGAGUCUCUACACAGCCCAAAGUAGUGAUUCUCAAGCCUUAGACUUUUACAUGAUGGGAUUAUACUAGUGUGCCACCACACCAGCUUCAUGUCAUGACUUUUUAAACAAAUAUAUUUUAAAAUGUAUACAUAUCUAUUACCUAGACCAUUGUUUUUCAUAUCCAGUUUUUCAGCCUUUUAUGUGUGUUGUAAUUCUUUGUGAUAUUUUGCCUCUCUGUGUGUGUGUGUGUGUGUGUGUGUGUGUUUUGUUGGUGGUGGGUUUUUGUUUUUUUUAAAUAGAAUCCCUUCUUGUCUAAUACCAAGUCUCAGAAGCAAGCAGGGAAAAUAGAAACUAUCUUUAGACUUGGGUCUUUCUUUCCCCUUCAGGUAAAAUUUAGGGUUCUUUUGGGUAGCACUCAGAGAUCAGUUCUAGAAAAAGAGAAGUUCUAGAGAGUUCUUACCAUUGAACUAAUUUUAAUAAAUUUUAUCUGGAAGUCCGCAGGCUUGGUAGUGAGGUUCAGCACCCUUUCCAUCGGCUUAUGUGCCCCCCAACCCCCAAAAGUGCCGGCUGAUGGUGCAGCUUUAUCUCUCAGCCUUUGCUUCACAUUCUUGUUAAAGGCAGGAGCACAGUGAGCGAGCACAGAUGUUGGGUAUGACAGACAGAUGACACAGCCUGUGAACACGAGAGUAAUGCAGCAAAAUGAUUUCACCAACACUCUUACUUUCUCUAACAAAGAUUUCUUAGCCCCAUAGAAUUUUGCCUUUAUGUAUUUACAAAUUUAAUGGCUUGUCAGACUUAAGUCACCUUAACUACUUUUUGCAUUUGUUUCCAUAGUGAUGAUAUUGAAUGUGCCUUAUUCAAAUCAAUUGUUUGCUUACUAUACAGUAAAUCUCCUUAAUUUUUUCUAGCUGACUGAUUUUUGACAAAAAUUUCCAAAAUAAAGAAUUUAUGGAAA